GUCUCCAGCUUGCUGGGCAUGUUUGAGCGUUCCUUCGAGACCGCUCAAGCGGCCCUGCCGACGCCUCCGCCUUUCGACCCGCUGGCGGCCUUGGACCUGCUGGGGCCCAACCCCUUCGGCCUCUUGGAGACGGAGCUGCCGGACCCGCCGCCGGAGGCCAAGCGCCGCAAG